UACAAAGGCAGCAACACAAAACAUGGCUGACAGCGCGGCUAAACGUGAAGCGGACAGUGCAGGAACCGAUGAAUUAGCUCAGAGAGUCAAGAGGGCGAAAGCUGACAAUGAGAAUGGAGGCGGAGGAGCUGGAAAGGAUCCUGAAUGUGAAAAUAUUCUGUCUGAGUUUAAAACGUCCGCCGUGUUGAGUGAUUCUGCGCGGGAGAAAAACAUCUUCAUCCGCGGAAAGCUUGCCGGUCAGGAGGCUGUGGUCAUCCUGGAGAAGACUCCCAUCAGAGAGGACUCCCUGGCUGAGCUCUUCAGCGGCUCCAGGCUGAAGCUGGAGAUGAGGAACGACAUCUACAGCACAUAUCGGUUGCAGGCUCCCCCUCAACUCAAUGAGAUCAAGACUACAGUCGUGUGUCCGGCCACGGAGAAGCACGUAAAGAAAUACCAGCGGCAGGAGAGUUUCCUGGUGGAGGAGACGGGGGAGGACUAUCAGUCCAUCACUUUGCCCUACAUUCAGAAGCAGAGUUUCAGCGUGCAGUGGGUCCACAACAUCCUGGAGAAGAAGGCCGAGGUUGAGAGGAUAGUCUUUGAAGAUCCUGACCCAAAAGUUGGCUUUGUCCUCCUCCCAGAUUUCAAAUGGGACCAGAAACAGGUGGAUGAUUUAUAUCUGAUCGCCAUCGCACAGCAGAGAGACAUCAGGAGUCUCAGAGACCUGACGCCAGAGCAUCUACCGCUGCUGCAGAACGUCUUCCAGAAAGGAAAGGAGGCCGUCCUGCAGCGCUACAAGCUUCCAGCCAGUAAGCUGAGAGUCUACCUGCACUACCAGCCGUCCUACUACCACCUCCACGUCCACUUCACCAAGCUGGGCUACGAGGCGCCGGGCUGCGGCGUGGAGCGGGCCCACCUCCUCGCGGACGUCAUCCAAAACCUCCAGUCCGACCCCCGGUACUACAAAACCCGGACCCUGUACUUCCCCCUGAGGGCAGACGACGGACUGCUCGGCAAGUUCAAGGAGGCGGAGAGGCUGUGAUUUACCGUCAGACACUUGUUCCACCCAUCCAAACUGUGUGGAGAAUCCUUUUUUUGUGUUUUUUUUUUUUUUUUGAUACAUCAUUUGUGCAUGUUUGAGUGAUUCCUCAGCAAGGUGGAUUUCAUACUAUUCCUGACGUGACAUGAGUCAACCCGUUGACUAAAGGAUUUAAAGACAAAGUCUCUGUUUUAAAUGUCUUUCAUAUGUUUUCUACAUGUUAACUGAAUGUUGCUGACUGAAUUAAAGAGUCAUUUUUUUCUACUCUUGAUGUUGUCACUUGUUUUGUAAUAUUUGAGACAGGUUCAACUGCCUGAGACGACAUUUAAAAUCACUAUCGUUGAGUUUUCUGAAGUGGACACUUGUAUUUCAUCACAUGUCAUGGUGGUGAAGUAAAGUGGCCGAGGACUUUUAUACGUCACCUUUCAAACACCGAGGCAAUUCAAACUACCAAAUUUGAUGUCAAAAUAAUGUGACAACUGCAACACUAGAUGGCAGCAAUAAUCCCAAAAGAUUCCAACUUUUUCAUUGAAACUUAACACAAAAAACAAACUCCAGUCUUGGUAACUAAUUAACCCUUAGUUCCCUUAGUUUCCCUUUUCUUUACUAAAAGAGAACAAACAGCACGUUAUAGUUCUGCAGGUCAUGUCAACAAAAGGUUAUCAUUU